AUGCUUGCGUCUGAAUGAUCCCUCAGGGGGGUUCCAGCCGUUACUCUCGACAGCUUUUGAUACAUGGAGCAGCGAGCCAGGCGAAGUUACAGUCUUCAUCGGUGCUUGUGGUUGGAGCCGGGGCCUUGGGAUGUGGAUGUCUGCCAUAUCUGGUUGGGGCGGGCGUGGGGCAGAUCACAGUGUGCGAUGGUGAUGUGGUGGAGCUGAGCAACCUGCACAGGCAGGUUUUAUUUUGUGAGCUGGACAUCGGGAGGAACAAGGCCGAGGUCGCAGCUGAACGCUUGAGAUUGUUAAACUCGGAUGUCCUUAUCUCAGCUGUCGCCCAGCAUUGCGGCUUCAGAGAGCGCACGGUAAUGCUGGUGGAAUCACACGACAUUGUCGCUGACUGUAGUGACAAUGUUGGAACGCGCUACCUCCUAAAUGACGUAUGCUUCCUUGGCGGGAAAACUCUGGUCGUAGCGGCGGCCUUAGGGACUGAGGGUUCCCUCGCACGUUGGAAUUACGAAGAUGGACCGUGCUUUCGCUGUGUGAGUCCGACCCCGUCGCAUCACGAAUCACGCCGCAAAUGCACCGAUCAUGGAGUCCUUGGCCCGAUACCUGGUGCGCUCGGUGCACUACAGGCCCUAGAUGUUCUGCGCUGUCUUGCUGACAUGGGAGACAAUGGUAGUUCUGUACUCCGAAUCUUCGAUGGGCUUUCCCUGCGUCCUUUUGGGUUACCUCAGAGGCGUCGAAACUGUGCCCUCUGCGGUGAUAACCCGAGUCUGAUAUCGCUCGCCGAUUCUGAGCGAUGGGCUCGGAAUCAGGGUCUCAGUGUUGAUUCCAACUACCAAAUGUGCCAUUUUGGUGCGUUCCCCGUCCCUCCUCUUGCCCCUCUACCAAGGCACAAUGAAGCGACGGCUCUCGACCUCAAAGCUGCACUUCAGAGCUCAAGGCCGUGCGUUAUUCUUGAUGUCCGCGAUUCCAUCCAGUUCACGAUCUGCAAGCUUCCCGGUGCCCUCUCGCUCCCCUUGCGCGGAAUCCUAGAGCAACCAGUUGUCACAACGACAAAAGUACGUGACGCGAGCAGCAGCCAUAAUCCCGACCUCUUCGUGCUUUGCCGCCGCGGCAUCGACUCGCGAUUUGCAACGCAAAUUCUCAUCAAGCUUGGCUUUCGAAACGUUCGGAAUGUCACCGGUGGCCUUGAUGCCUGGCGCCGUGAAGCUGACCCUACAUUCCCAGUGUACUGACGUCGCUAGGGGGCAGCGAAGCCCAGACGCUUCGGGGCCGCUUCGGCUUGCGACUUUGGCUGGGUCGGUCUCGGGUCGGUUUGCUGACAUGGUGAGAAAAUAAGUGGGCCUGCAAAGUUACAAAGUGGGCCCUAGUUGACACGCUUAAUUGACAUUUCAACGACCAACAUCUGCAACCUACAUCUAGGCCAACCAUCGAAUCCCGGCCGACGC